AUGGAAGUGGCCGGCUUGUACGAGGAGGGCAGCUUUGCUAUCCACGGUCGAGACGGCAUCAUCGGUCCCAUCGGCGGCGGCUCGUACUGGAAGCUCGGCGACUCGAUGACGGAGCUGGGCAUCGAGGAGCGCGAGAGAGCGAUCGACUUCAGCGUUUACCUGGACUCCGCGCUGCACUGCCCGCAGCUGGCGGCGCAGACGCACACGCAGACGCACACGCAAACGCACACCCAGCAGCAGCAGCAGCAGCAGGCGGACGUUUUCUCCGACUUCCUGGCGGACAGCAAGAUCAAGAGGGUCGCGGCUCUGCAGAACUACAAGAACUACUCGCUGCUCGGCGAGCUGGAGGCGAGCCAGUGCGACAGCCUGCGGGACGCGCGGGAGCCCGGUUACGCGCUGGGUUACGCGGAGCUGCAGGCCACCCGCAUGGACAGCGUGCUCAGCCCCGAGCUGGUGGGGAUCCGGUACCGAGCCGCAGCAGCCGCCGCCGCCGCGGCAGCGGCCGCCGCCGAGAGGGACGACAGCCAGGAGGGAGCCAAGAUGGACAACAGCUCGUCCGGGUUCGACAUGAGGUCCUACCUCCACUACCAGUCCACCAGCGGCAGCCUGGGCAACAUCUCCACCGCGUCCUCGACCUGCUCCAGCCCGCCCGGCACACCUGGCCCGUCAGGUAAGGGCAGGUCACCGUCCCACGGGGGGAAAGCGUCCGGCGGGAGUAAGGCGAAGAAGCGCCUGGACAAGGACAGCGAGGAGUACAGGCUGAGGCGGGAGAGGAACAACCUGGCGGUGAGGAAGAGCAGGGACAAAGCCAAAAUGCGCAACUUGGAGACGCAACACAAAGUGCUGGAGCUGGCCGCGGAGAACGACCGCUUACAGAAGCGCGUGGAGCAGCUGUCCAGAGAGCUGGCCACCCUGCGCAACCUGCUCUCGGCCACCGGACAGUGUUGA